CCCAAUCCAUCAAGAAAACCGAAAAGAACAGCAGCAGAAGAAAAAGAUGUUGCUUGCUUUCUUGCACAAGCACCCAACUAAUUACAAAACCGCACAACAGGUCCACUCUCGGUUGCUGGUUUCUGGGUUAAUGUACCAUUCCAUGAUACUCAUCAAUGCCUUAAUUAGAUGCUAUUCCUUCAGUGACAAUCCCAAAGAUGCAUUCUUGCUUUACAAACAGCUCCAGAAACUAUAUCGUCAAUACCCAUUUGUUGUGCGGUCUUCUUUCGAUAGCUUCACUUAUGCUUUCCUUAUCAAAACCAGCGCUAAUUUAUGCUAUCCAGUUUUGGGAAUACAGAUUCAUGGCUUGACCGUAAAGGUGGGGUUUGAGUGUCAUGUGUAUGUGCAAACUGCUUUGGUGAAUAUGUAUGCUGAAUGUGGGGUUUUGGAAGAUGCUAAGAAAGUGUUCUACGAAAUGCCUGAGAGGAACUCUGUUACGUGGAAUGUGAUUAUUACUGGUUUGGUUAAGUGGGGUGAGCUUGAACAAGCACGUUCUCUCUUUGAGGAGGUGCCUAAUAGGAGUGUUGUGUCAUGGACUGGUAUUAUUGAUGGGUAUACAAGGAUGAAUAGGCCUGCUGAAGCUCUAGCUCUAUUUCGAAGAAUGGUAGAAAAUAAUGGUAUAGAACCUAGUGAAGUAACCAUUCUGGCUAUUUUGCCAGCUGUUUACGACAUUGGGGAUGUCAGGAUUUGCCAAUUGGUCCAUUGUUAUGGAGAGAAACGAGGUUUUCAUGUGUUUGAUAUAAGAGUUGCAAAUUCACUUAUAGAUACUUAUGCGAAAUGUGGGAGCAUAUUUAAUGCUUCUAAGUUUUUUGAAGAAAUAUCAACUGAAAGAAGAAAUUUGGUUUCGUGGACAUCUAUAAUUUCUGGGUUUGCAAUGCAUGGGAUGGGAAAGGAAGCUAUUGAAAAUUUUGAGAGGAUGGAGAAAGAAGGUUGGAAGCCAAAUCGUGUCACGUUCUUGAGUGUUUUGAAUGCUUGCAGUCAUGGAGGAUUGGUUCAAGAGGGGCUCAAGUUCUUCGAAAAGAUGGUUGAUGAGUGUCAAAUCUUGCCAGACAUAAAACACUAUGGGUGUUUAGUUGACAUGUUGGGGAGAGCCGGAAAAUUAAAGGAAGCAGAAAUGGUGGCUUUGAAGAUUCCUUCUGAGAUGGCAAAUGUUGUAGUUUGGCGAACACUUUUGGGGGCUUGUAGCUUUCAUGGUAAUGUCGAGCUGGGGGAAAGGGUGACAAGGAAGAUAAUGGAGAUUGAGAGGGGAUAUGGAGGGGACUAUGUGCUUAUGUCCAACAUCCUUGCUGGUGCUGGAAUGCAUGGAGAUUCUGAAAGGUUGAGGAGAUUGAUGGAUAAGAGAAGUGCCCUCAAACUUCCUGGCUAUAGUUUGGUCUAAGAAUUGAUUGAUUAUAAAAUAAAUGGAUAACGAUGAUGAUCUAGACACAUUAUGGAUCUGCUUCUUGAUGCUACGCUGAUAAAGAAUUAGUUGAGUGCAAUGAUCACUGCAUACAGACUUUGUUGGAGUUCCUUUAGGAAACUGUGUCAACAUUUUUCUGCAUUUUUGAGGCACUUGUGUGAGGUUUGGAUUGAUCAAGACAAAAAGGUUCUGAACUGAGGAAAACAUGGUUGGGAAGCUGCUUUACAAGUGCUCUGUCUAAAACGACACUUUUUUGGGGGAACACAUUGCAAAAACAUGUAAUGCUGACCAUUUCUGUUGCUCUCAUGAGAUAGAGAGGACAUAUUUCACAGAAGCCAAAAAAAUUGCAACCGUUUUUCAUUUUCCUGUUCUAUUUGAGCCUGCAUUGUUCCAGCCUGAAUAGACAUAUUACAUCAUGCCCUUUCCAAGGGUGAAAAAAGAAAGAAAGAUUCAUCAUCAGCCACCUGCAAAAGGAAGUUUUGGAUGAUAUGAUAUAGAUUUCAGUUUGCAGCUUUUUGGCUUGAUUUUCUUUUGGUACAUAAUAAACUUAGACUCCAGCA